GCUGUGGGUGGCGCUGCGGUCGAGGUCAUCCAGGAAGGCGAGGGGCUACGCAACGGCGCGUCAAUCCUGGGCCCACAUUUGGCGUGAGGUGCUGCAGUUCCUCCGCCUGCCGGGUGCCCAGACUCAGACGGCGGGGUUCCAGUCACGGAGGCGCGAUGCAGGGCCAGGACCAGCGGCAGAGUGAGUUGUUGGUGGGGCCCAGGAAGUGGCUGGGUCUCGGGCUCCUGCUGCUGGCCUGCCUCUUCCUCCAGCUGCUGCUGAACAUCUGGUUGCUAUGUGCCUGGGUGCUGCUACUGUUGUUAGGGGGCUGGCUGGGUUCGCAGCUGGUGCUCAGCCCCACCAGCCUGGUGCACCUGGAGAGGUUCAUCAGCCUGGAGCCCUGGCCCAGCCAGGCAGACUCCAAGGUGCUGCUGGCUCGAGAGGUUGAAGAUACCAUCAGCAAAAUCAUCAGGGACUUCGUCAGCUGCUGGUACAAGACCGUGAGCCAGGAGCCAGAGUUUGUGGACGAGGUGCAGAAAGCCAUGCAAGCCAUGGCGGUGGAGCUCCAGAGAAGGAUGGAGGGGGUGGACAGGAAAGCCCUGGCACGGAAGGUGCUCCUCUUAUGCGGCUCCCACCUGGAGGUUUACAUGAAGGCAAAGAGGACAACGGGUGAGAAGAUCGCCCGCCAGCGAGGGCUGGAUUCCGUCUGGAAAACAUAUUGCAAACUCAGCAAGCCCCACAUUGCCCUGCAGAGCCCUGCUACUGAAGCGAAUUAUGCACGGGGCAUUGUUGAUUUGCUGUUGUAUGUAUUGGUGCCUUUUCCCAACUUGGAAACUAGGACAGGGAGAUUUGUUGUGAGGGAACUUAUCAUGUGCAAUGUGCUUCUACCCCUGAUAAGAAAAAUGUCAGACCCAGACUGGAUAAAUGGUAUCAUAAUAGACAUAGUCAUGAAGGCAAGCAAGAAGACUGUUAAUGUGGUGGAGCAGCCUUUGCAUCUGGAAGUACCAACUUCCUUGCACUUGAACCCCCAAACGGAGGCAAAUGAUGAGAAGUUACCAACUCCCAAAACUGCUGAUUCUCUCAGUAACGAUCUUGUUGAUGGUUUGGAGCUGAAUAUGGAGGAGGCAGAUGCAUCAGUAGAAGUGAUUAAACCAAAUGAUAGAGUUGAUCAAUCCUCAGAAACUAUAACCAAUCGCUCCGAUCACCAGAGGCCAGAUAAAUUAAACCUUUUCUAUUCAUGUGAGGAAUUUGAACCUGAAUCUCCGCACUCUGCUGUGGAAGGAGAGUCCUUAAUGUUUUCAGUGGCUGAUGAACUGGCUGUGGACAGGUUAUCUCCAGCAGAAUUAACUAAUGCUUCCGAUGGGGCAGAAGGUGCAAGUGACGAUGAAGUAAUCAUUAGCGAAUUGGCACUUCCGAAGCCAGAUAUUAUCUUGCCAUCGUUUGACCAAAAUGCAGUUUCUGUGGGGCCUGAGCCUGUUCUUGAAGAUACCAAUGAGAAAGAUGACACUCCAGCUAUGUUAGUCAACUCCACAUCAGCUCUGGCUCAUGAGACAAUCCGAAUUCUCUCCAGGCGGCAGUCAUUUCAGGAGAAAGAAUUGAUUCCAGCAGAUGGUUCAACCUGUAACUCCUUGGAGGUUGUACCUGCAGGACCCGUGCUUGCAUCGUCCCCGACGUCAGUCAGUGUGCCCACCUACAGUUUCGAACCGAUUUGCAGUCCGGAUACCCCAGUGGUAAUUCACAAUCUGAGAAUCAGUGGAACAAUCACAGCAAAAGAACACAGAGCAGGCGGAUUUCACCCUUACACCUUGUACACUAUUAAGUACGAAACGGCACUGGACACCGACAACCCCGGAACGCUACAGCAGGUGGCCUAUCACACCGUUAAUCGGCGGUACAGUGAAUUCCUGAAUUUGCAAGCCAGGCUGGAGGAAAAGGCAGAACUUCGUAAACUCAUGAAAAAUGUAAAAGGACCAAAGAAGCUCUUUCCCGAUCUGCCAUUUGGAAAUAUGGAUAGUGACAAAGUUGAGGCUCGUAAAAGCCUCCUCGAGACAUUUCUGAAGCAACUGUGUGCCAUUCCUGAAAGUGCAUACUCUGAUGAGAUGCAGGAGUUCCUGGCCUUAAACACUGAUGCCAGAAUUGCUUUUGUGAAGAAGUCCUUUGUUUCCAGGAUUGAUAAGAUUGUUGUUGGUGCAAUUGUAGAUACAUUGAAGACCGCAUUCCCUCGAAUAGAACCCCAAAGUCCGACGGAGGAACUGGGAGAAUGUGAUGUAGAUGGAAAGACUCAAGGAGAUGGAAAGAAAGCUACCAAAUCUCGCCUAAGGUUUGCCUCCAGUAAGAUUGCUCCAGCACUAAACGUUGGAGACAUUCAAGCCAAAGUCACAUACUGCUACAAUGAAAAUGCUUUAUCAGAAGGCCUUUCCAUAGCAGCCAUGGAGGACUUUAUCUCUGAACAAGAAAAGCUGCUGGGAAGAACACAACAGAACUUGAAGGGAAGGGCGACAAAAAGUGAUGCAGCUAAAGAAUAUGGUUCCUUGGACAAGAGACUGCAAAGCAGUGAGCCAUCUUCCAACCAGUACCUAAGUUCUGAGGGGUCUGAAACAGUCUUGGCAGAUGUUGCACUUGAUCUUGUCUGCUUGUUGAUGAAGGACCACUGGAACUGGCUGUGUACUGAGAACAUGCAGAAGCUCAUCCGGCUGCUGUGUGGGACCCUGAUAGAAAGGUGGCUUGAAGUUCAGAUUAUUAACCUGACAAGCACUCAGUACUGGGUUGUAUACCUCAAGCUUUUACAGGAGGCAAUCUGGCCUGGAGGAACUUUACCAAAAUGGCCAAAGCCUGCUAGAACUCAAGAGCAGAAAAUCCAGACCCAGGAACUGGCCUUACAAUGCCUGAUGAAGAUGCUACCAGCUCUGAUUCCUGAAGUUCUUGGUGAGGAGGGUUAUGAGAAAAGUUGGCAGUUAGUGCUGGAGUCUCUGCAAGAUCCGCGGAUAAACAGACAUCUGGUGUACUGCAUAUGGGAUCUGCUGCUAGAGUUCCUAAUCCCUGAAGCUUCUAACGAGGAGUUCCAAAAGUCUCUGAUAACCUUGGCUUCAGGAACCUCAGAGAAAGUGCUGGGAUGAGACAAGAACCAUCUCCACCCAUCAACUGAAUAUUAAAGGAAGCAUAUUUCAAGAACAUUACUGGGACAUUGCUAAAAGAGAUCAGAUAACCAAAAUGGAUGCGAGAUACAGGCUUAGCUUAAAUCCUGUAAAUUUCAGCUUCAGAUUCGUAGUACAAUGGCAGCACUAAUCAGCUAUUUAUUGAAAAUGUUAAUGCAUGUUAGAAAUUGUCUUGCGCCUUGUCUAGCUUUGUGGAGAUUAUUUGAAUGAGUAUUUUACACUGUACUGGCCCUCUUCAGUGCCACAAAUGUGUGCAAGGAAAUCAAGAUGAUUGUCAUGUUUGAUAUGUAACAAGUACUUCACAUAAAUGUGAGUUUUAAAUGGUUUUAAAUUCAUUAGAUGCAGUACCUCUGAGGCAGGUUUAUAUGAUAGGCUUCUAAACUAUUCCUUCUCAACAAUUAAUGACUGAUGGUUGUUCUACCAAGGCCAGUCUCCACAAGUGCACUAAUUAAGAUAUAUUUAUUUGAACAUUACUGAAUCAGAAAUACUGGCACUGAAUAGCACAAUGAGCACCUACUGUUCAGCACUUUUUGGGCACCAAAUUCAUGAAGUUCUUCUGAAUCAUUUCAUUUCACCUUUUAUGGAUUCUUUAAGUGUGGAGGACCUUCUCUAUUAGUGUGGAAGAAGCUCUGUAGAAGUGUUAGAUGGUUCAUCCUCUGCCUUUUCAUCAGAGGAACAGCUCUGAGGAAUUUCUCAGAUAAACAGUCAAGCUGCAGUACUUCCUUGUCCAAUAUGCUGUUUGAGAACCUAUCCUUGUGUUUGUCACAAUACGUCCUGGAAUGGAGCAGGAGUCAUCAAAAUCAAAUUUGUUUUAUUUAAGACCUAAUUGACAAAAGUGCUUUGUUAAUUUAACUGCUAUAUGUAAGUUGGACUAUCAGGAGUAGCUGCUGUACAAGACGUUACUCCUUCGUAAUUUUGACUAGACGUGAGUCUGUGACGUUAAAUGGCGCUGCUGGGAAUGCUCGGCAGUAUGAGCAGCGUUGGUGGAGAAAGAAACACAACUAACAAAUGGUUCAGUGGCCGCUCGUUCAAACUUUGACCUGCUGAGUAUCUUCAGUAUUUAUUUUCAAUUUACAUUUCCAGCAAGUGCAGUAUUUUAUGUUUCUGUGAAUUCGAUAUUUAUAGUUUCUAAAAAUGUUUGAGAUGUUAUAUUUUCAUCUCACUUAGUCAUAGUUUGGGUGAAGGUUAAAUAUCUCUAUUACUUGUGUUACAGUUUUUCGUUUACCUACAGUUGUCAUUUGUAACUUGUAACCAAUGCAGAGUGAAAUAUGCUUCCCGUCUGGUUGAAGUAUUGUGCUCAACCACUUGGUCUCGUUCCUCCUUUCUAUCUACUCUUCUGCGUACCUGUUAUUGCACUGAGCUGAUGUUGGUUGCUUAUUUCAUUAAAUAUUUAUUUUAAGGCCACACCUUGAAGAUAGAAGUAGGUGCCCAAAUGUAUCAAAUCAUUCUACGUUAGAUUUUAAGAAUCAUCUGUAUAGAAAUCUGUCUUCCGUGGACAAAGAGUGAAAUAAAGAAGAGUAUCAAAGCACAAAUGCAAGGUUAAACCAUUCACUGAAUUCACUAAGAGCCAUUCUGUUCUAACUUGUUGAGCCUGCUGUUAGAUAUAGAAGUGGAACCAACUUUUGAGAAUGCUGCUUGGUUUAAGUAUUCAGUAGAGGUAUCAAACAGGUGUGAAACUAAACCACUACGUCCAACAAGCUCCAUCUGGGAUCUGAAGUACUUAUGUUAAAACCAGGGAGCUUUAUGACAGUGUAAGUUCCAAUUUGUAGAAAGCUUCAAAGUUCGAACUCUGUGCUGGUGGUGUAGUAGCAUCCGCACCCGGGCUUCGGAACGAUAGGUAAAGCCAGAUUUUGAAUCUCUUUCCUAGAUGCUCUUUCGUCACCACCUUUGAUUCGGCCUAUGAGAGCGUUGCUGCCAGCAAAUCUGAAUAUUGCAUUGGAGCUGUGCUUAGCCACACAGUCAUAUGUAUAAAGUGAGUCGAACAGGGGGCUAAGCACACAGCCUUGUGGUGCUCCUGUGCUGAUGGAGGUCGUGGAGGAGAUGUUGUUGCCAAUCCAAACUGACUGGUGUCUGCAAGUGAGGAAAUCUAGGAUCCAAUUGCACACAGAGGUAUUGGGGCCAAGGUCUUGGUGCUUAUUGAUUAGUUUUGAGGGGAUGAUGGUAUUGAAUGCAGAGUUAUAGUUGAUAAAGAGCACUCCCUGAAAGAGAGAUUUAGACAUUUAGUCUUCUUAUAAUAAUUAAUCAUCCAGAUCAGGAAACUUAAGAGGCAGAACCCUGACACUAUAUGGACCAAGGAAAGUCGGGAAAAGGCUGGCGAUUAGGAAAAUCAGCUGGUGAGAUUCUGAGGACAACUGGAUCAACUUGAAUUUCCAGAGUAUGACUGCAUGGUUCUAUUAUACAUGGGAGCCAGUAAACAGGGCUCUGGCUUUUGAGAAUUAGUAUUUGUAUCAACUAAAGACCUGAUCUGAUCAACUGGCAGGAGUGUUUUGCUCAUAUGUUAAGUGCCAUGCCCUAUGAUAUGGAUCAUGAGUGUUUUUGGCAAAUUUUUCUGCAGAGGUGGUUUGCCAUUGCCUUCUUCUAGGCAGUGUUUUUACAGGUCGAGUGACCCUAGCCAUUAUCAAUAAUCUUCAGAGAUUGUUUGCUUGGCAUCAGUGGUUGCAUAACCAGGACUUGUGAUAUGCUCCAGCUGCUCACCACCUGCUGCCAUGGCUUCACAUGACCCUGAUCAGGUGGGCUUAGCAGGUGCUACACCUACCCAAGGGUGACCUGCAGGAUAGCGACAUAUCUCACCCCGCCACCCCAUGAAGGUGGGAAAGAGUUGUUAUUCCUUAUAUAUAAAGUCCCUAAAGCUGAUCUUAACACAGCUAAUUUCAUAUCCGGGAAACUGAUCAUAAAUUUUGGAUGAUGGUGUGAAAAGAAACAAGGACCAGAUGUAAUUGGGCCCUGAGGAGGAUUGGCCCAAAUAAUAAACAGAAUUGCUUGUUGAAUGUUAAAGAUUAUUUUAUUUAUCACUUGUACAAGGGUGUGCUGGGGGCAGCCUGCAAGUAUCAUUGUGUUUCUGGUGCCAACAUAGCAUGCCCACAGCUUAUUAAUCAUAACCCAUGUGUACGUCUUUGGACUGUGGGAGGAACCUGGAGUACCUGGAGGAAACCUACGUAGUCGUGGGGACAGCAUUACAAACUCCUUACAGACAGUGGCAGGAAUUGAUCAGGGAUCACUGAUGCUGUAAAGCGUGCUAUCUACCCUCUCUUCAUUCUCUUUCACCUAGUGGCCACCCAUUUUAAUUCCACUUCCUAUUCCCAUUCCGACAUGUCAGUCUAUGGCCUCCUCUACUGUCAUAAUCAAGCCACACUCAGGUUGGAGGAGCAACACCCUAUUUUCCGACUGGGUAGCCUCCAACCUGAUAGCAUGAACAUCAAUUUCUCAAACUUCCAGUAAUGCCCCCCCCCUUCACCAUUUCCCAUUCCCAUUUCCCUCUUAUCUCCUUACCUGCCCAUCAUCUCCCUCUGGUGCUCCUCCUCUUUUUCCAUGGCUUUCAGUCCUCUCCUAUUAGAUUCACCCUCCUCCAGCCCUAUAUCUCUUUCACAAACAAUUUCCCAGCUGUUUACUUCACCCCUACCCUCCCCCUCCCCACUUUCUUACUCUGACUCCUCAUCUUUUUUUCCAGUGCUGAUGAAGGGUCUCAGCCCAAAAUGUAGACUACUCUUUU